UUGGACAUUUUAAUAUAUUUGUCUUAAAUCCUAACUCCUAAAUUAUGGUCAUAUCAGAAUCAAAGCCAAAUGAGAACGCAUUAAAAUGUAUAGUUUUAUAUAAUGGUGCUAAAUAUUAUACUUUUAAACUCACAAAUUGGUAAAAUGACUCUGUACUGUAAAUUAUUUGCAGCAGAAUUGUCCAAUCAAAUGCAGCGUGAUGUUUACAACGCUUUUACCUGUGCGCAACAAAUUUGGGCAGCUGGAUUUUCGUCGCAGGCAGAGUGGUGGCCUUGCCACUCGGCGUCUCCCAUAUUUCAAAACAAAAUACACUAUUUUUUUGCAAUUUCCCGAAAUUUGAUUUCUUCAAGUCAUUCCCGUCACUACAUAGCCUCCGUACAUCUGGUUUUCGUCAUGGCGGAGACAGUGAAACGAGAAUACGAAACGGCGUUGUCCGACCUCACCUUCAACAGUAAACCGCUGAUCAGCAUGUUGACGAUGUUGGCGGAAGAGAACGUGAAGCACGCGCCGCAAAUCGUUGAAGUCAUCGAAUCCCGACUUCAGAAGGCCAAACCCUCUGAAAAACUACCAGUCCUGUACCUCAUGGAUUCUAUCAUCAAGAAUGUGAAGGGUGCUUACCUCGAGGCAUUUACCCCAAAUGUCGUGCAGACAUUCUGCGGUGUAUUUGAAAAGGUUGACGAAAAAACCAGACAGUCCCUUUUCAAACUGCGGAUGACGUGGGCCAGUUACUUCACUCACACCAAACUGUAUGCGUUGGACUUGAAGGUGAAAGAGUUGGACCCAGCAUGGCCUAUUGUUGCCGACCCUACUACUACCUCCCACCCUGCUGCUAUUCAUGUUAACCCCAAGUUUAUUAAAAAGCCCCAGGCCACUGUGGCAGCCACUAAGACAUCCCAACCAGCCGCCACCACCCAGGCCACCAGUGUACAGCUGAGUGGGGAGGAGUUGGCUGAACGCAAGAAGAAGGAGAGCGAACGACAGGAGAUGGAGAUGAGGCAGCAGCUGCUCAAGAAACAGGAACAGCUGCUGCAGCUGCAGCAGAAACGGCUGGAGUUUGAACUGCAGCAGACACAGAGCAAAUUGGAGGAACAGGCUAUGGAGCUCAAGCAGAAAAAUGAACAGAUUCUUCUGCAGCAGCAAGUCCUCCAACAGCAGCAGCAUCAGGCAGCAGCAGCUGCUGCAGCUGCAGCAGCAACUUGGCCAGGGACCCCCCAGCCAUCCCUCAUGUGGCCCGCUGGACACCCUGUGCUGCCAGGCCAGAACGGUCCUGCCAUGAUAUUAGCUCAUGACCCGUCGAUAAUGCCUAUGCACGCCAAGCAGCAGCAAGCACAGCACCAAGCACAGCAGCAAGCACAGCAGCAGGUGUAUUUGCCACCCCCACCCAUGCCACCAUUUGGUCAGCAGAUGGUUCCACCCAUGCAGUCUGUUCUUCCUACGCAACAAGUCCCACCAGUCCAACAGGGAACUCAGGCUGCACCGGCUACCCGAGACCCUCGCAUAGCUCGUGAUCCCAGACUAGCUCGCCGUGAUCCCAGGACUCGUGGUGCUGCAGAUGCCUUUCCUACAGUGCCUACAUCAACAGCUCCAACGGCGCCAGCAGUUGCCACUGUACCUCCGGUCCAAAGCACAGCACAGGGUCCAGCCAUGUCAGUCGCCCAGCCACUGUCCAUGUCACUAGCUACCUCCGAUGGUGUGUCACAAGCCAUUACUAAUCAGCAGCUUAAAAGUGUGGUCACUGUUGCACCUUCACAGCCUACUCCCAAACCAACUCCCAAGUUGCAUACGAAAAAAGAUGAUGCAGCUAAGGACAGUAAAGCCACAGACUCAAAGCAGCCAGCUGACCAGUUACGGGAAACUAAACCUGACGCCAAGCCAAAGCCCAGUGACAAGGACUUAAAAUCAGAGGUCAAGCCAAAAGAGUCAAAAGGAACAGAUUCAAACACAGAGGGCCAAAAGUCCAAAAUAGAAGGACCUGCCAAGCAAGAGAAAUCAAAGGAUGUGAAAUCUAACGAUCGCUCUCCACGCCGGUCCAGUGAUGAGAAAAGAGACUUGAGAAGUGACAGUAAAAACAGAGAAAGAGGCUCCCGUGAGCCAGAGAGACGAACAAGCCGAGAUUCCAAGAAGGACUUUGAUAAAAGAGACAGCUGGCCCAGUAGAGAUCGGGAUAGCAGAGAACGAGACCGAGACUACCGUGACCGGCCCAAGGAGAGAAUCAUUGGCUCCAGGGAACCCUCCAGGAUUGGCAGCUCCAGGCGGAAAUCUAACAGGUCUCGCUCACGGUCAAGAUCCCCAGUUGCAAGGUCGCGCUCUCCGCGUGGUUCAGAUAAGGUUCGUACUACCACACGCGGAGCCCCCAAGGCAGACAAAUUUGGCAGGGACUUGCCUCGCCCUGUCAAAGAAACCAAGGAAGAAAAGAAACCGGAACCUGCCUCCGACAUACGCAAGAAAGAUGCUGAUAUCCGGAAGAAAGAUGAUGACAGUCACAAGAAAGACCUUGAUAACAUUUCCAAUAAAGACAUUGAUGAGCGUGUUAAAUCACAACGUGGCAGUAAAGAAAAUGUGCCGGUCGUUAAGGAGGAAAAUAAACCUGCACUGGGACGAUCUGAGAAAAGACGAUCACCUUCAACGACACCUGUUAAAGAAACUGAAAAAGAGCCAGAGUCUAAAGAAGAUGCACCCAGUAAACGACCCCGCUUAGAAGAAGCGCCACCAAAGAAGCCACCACUGCCCAAAAAGACACCUGACUCUAAGGACCAGGAUAGUCGGCAAAAAGAGAAGACACCGAACCCAGACAACAGAGCAGAUGACAAGCCCCUUAGACCUCGUCCACUGAUGGAACUUCCACCCCCACGACCUUUCCUUGAGCCUAGCGGCCGGGGAAGUGACCAUCCCCUUGAUGGACUGGAGUACGAAAGAGAAAUGAUCUCCCCUCCUGGAGGCUGGAGAGAAAGGCCACUGCCCAGACGACGACUCAGCAUCGACCCAGGUGUCCGCAUUCCAAAGGAGUUGUCACUGGAUAAGCAUGCCUUCAUUUUAGAACAGGCUGAAAAGCAACUCCUUUCUGGUGAAUUGACCCACCAGCAACAUCAAGAACUUUUGCGUGAACUGUUUGAGCUGCAUCAAAUCCAGAGACAACAAAAAGAUGAUGAGCACAUGCAGCGCCACCCCAAUGAUUCGCAGUUCAGGAGGCACUACCCAGAUGAUCCAAGAGUGCCUCAUCACCCAAGAUCGCACACAGACCCAAGAAAAGGUGGGAUGUGGCCACGAGAGAGGGACAUUGACCAUCGCAGGUCAUCUGCUCAGGAUGUGGACAUGAGAGUCUUUGACCCAGGACACCCUUUGCAUGCUCCAGCAACCAAGUCUAGAGGUGAGGACCCAGUCAAACCAGGGAUAAAAUCAACGGAUGAACCGUUGAAACUGCCAAGUGUUGACCAGGAUGACAGGACCAGGAACCAUGUGCAGAAGGAUCGUGAUGACAGAGUAAAGACCCAGCUCACCGAGAAUGAACCCCAAAGGCCCCCUCUAAAGUCCAUUUUGAAGUCAGGAAAGCCUACUAACCCACCCCUUGAAAGUCCCCUGUCGCCAGAGCCUGAAGAAAAAUGUGGCAGUGAUGCCGUGGUCAAAACAGUUGUUGAUGCUGUAUCAGAGACUCGAGAGAAAGAUACUGAUCAGUCUGGAAAAGAAGACCAACCUGAGACAGUGGCAGAAGACAAAGAAUCAGAUGCGUUAGAUGAGUCUAAGGGUACUGCAUCAGAGGUCAUGGAAACAAAAGACACGGAAGGGACAGAAGAAACUGGAAAGGGUAAAGGUAAAAAGAAGAACAGAAAAAAGAAAAAGAAGGGCUCUGGCAGCGAAGCUGAGGUCCAUGUUGAAAUCUCAGCUUUUGAGGAGAACCUUGAAAUAAAGCCCCCAGUUUUUAAAGAGAACAAAGUCCAACCUCUUAUGGACAUGGAUGAGCGCCGAAAUUCCACAGAUAAUGAGUCAGCUAAUGUGCUGCCUGCUCCAUUUAGAGAAGCAGAUGAUUUAGAGGAUUUGUUCCCAGCUGGAAAAGAUUGUGAUGAGCGUCAAGGUCCAGGACGUCCAGUCAAUCCAGACAGAGAUAGUAUGCGAUCCAGAGAAGUUCCUCUUCCUCCAAGGGAAGGUCCUUCACACAGGGAUCAUCCACCAAGGAUUAAUCAGAUAAGAGAAGACCAUCCAAGGGAUCCAAGGCUUUGUAAAGGUGCCCCUGAAAUUGAACUAAGAGAUAAUCUUCCAAGACCAGGCCCAUUACGAGAUGGCAUUUUGGGUGAUCUCCCUGCAAGAAUUCCUCAUGGUGAACCUGUGCCAAGAAAUCACCCACAGAGGGAACGAUAUUUUGAUGAAGUUUCUAGAGAAGGUCCAUUUAGAGAUAGACCAAGGAGGGAAGGACCUUUCUGGGAGGGACCACAUAAAGAUCAUCUGUUAAGACGGAGCCCUCCAAGGGAAUUUAGGGAGGGUCCACCAAGAGAAGGGCAACUGCGGGGAGGACCCAGAGAUGGUCCAUUCAGAGACUGUCCACCAAGAGAUGGACCUUUUAGAAAUGAACAUGGCAGGGAACAGCCUUUUAGAGAAGGUCCUCCACGAGAAGGUCCAUUCAGGGAUUGCCAGUUAAGAGAUGGUCUGCCCAGACACGGUCUAUUUAGAGAUAUUCUACCAGGAUGGACCCUGUAUGAUGAUGACAUACCAAGAGAAGGCCCUUAUAGAGAGGGUCAUCCAAGAGAAGGCCUGUUCAGGGAAGGUCACCCCAGAGAAGGCCUAAUAAGAGGCCAGUUUAGAGAUGAUCCCUUCAGAGACGGACGCCAUAGAGUUGGUCCCCCAAGAGGUUCUUUUCCAGAUGAUUUAGGAAGAGAGGGUCAGUUCAGAGAAAGCCCACCACGAGAUGGUCCCUUCAGAGAAGGCCCACCCGGAGAGGGUUCAUUCAGAAGAAGGGUUCCCAGAGAAGGGCCAUACAGAGAGGGCCUGUUUGGGGAUGACUUUGAGCAAGAAGUUCCAGACAGGGGUAGUCCUCCAAGAAAAGGCUUUUUUAAAGAUGGUCCACCUUUUGAGCGAUUCAGAGGACGUCUUCCACCACAUGAUCGACCUCAUAGAGAAGGUUCAUUUAGAGAGGGCAUUCCAUUGGAAGGUCCACUGAGAGACGGUCCUCCCCGAGAAGGCUCAUUUAGAGACCAGUUUAGGAGAAGCCCACUGAGAGGUGAACAGUUUAGAGAAGGUCCUCCUGCAAGAUUUCCAAGAGAUGGCCCUCUUAGAGACUUUGAAGAGGAUAGAGACCCAAGACGUGGCCCUCCACGUGACCGUGACCCAAGACAGGAAAGAUACCAUGCUCAGCAAGAGGAGAUAAAACCAAAGCCAUUGAAGACGGACUUCCCUGGUGAAGUACCAUCCACCAUAGAGAGAUUUGAAGGCCCACAAAGGGGAGGUCCUACCAGGGAGGGACCUGGACCAUUACUACGAAUGAAAGACAGAGAUGAACGCCAACUGCUGCUCUUGGACCAAAAGCCUGCAGAGCAUUCACUUGUGCCCCUGCCAAUGGAGACUCAGGAUGAACCUUCAAUAUCCACAGAACUUUCAGUGCCUUUACCCCAUUCUCAGGCCCAGCAUCUGCCAGUUGUAAACCCUACCUUAAAUCUUCCUGCAGGCCUUGGGAUGCCCAGCAUAGGCGUGCUUCCCUUCCAGGUCCUUGGCGGGCCAGCCACUAGUCUCCAGGGUCCUCACCCGCUGGGUCUUGGACUUGUUCCUGCCACCAGCAUCUUGCAGGGGGCAGGACUUCCCCCGAUGAGUUUAAGUCAAGCCGGAGGGCAGAGGCCAAUUAUGGUGCCUGGAGUGCAGGCCGUCCCCCAGCAGUUCCCAGGAGUCAUCAGACCAACUACAAUGUCUGAAAAGGAACCCCAACAAGGUGUCCUUGACCCCAGAGGCUUACCUCAACCUGGACAGAUGGCUGCCCCUGGGACACUAAACCCUGCCCGGAUGGGAGCGCCACAUCUCAUGCUGUCAGAAAAUCCGCAAGGUACACCACCCCCACAACAGGCAGCACCUCUGGAUGUCAGUGCGCUCUUUGCCAAGCUAGUUGCGACUGGAAUUAUCCCUCCCACCAGAAGUGACUCCCCUGUGGUACAGGGAACUGAAACACCACCCCCAACAGUUGGCAAGGAGGAGUCAGAGCCUACAGUUGCAGAACAGAAUGAGAACACAUUUGUCCCAGAGCUUGGAUUCUACCCAGAGGAACUCAAAUGUCGAUAUGAGGGUGUCAUCAAUCGCAUCUAUACAGGGACCCAGUGCUCAUCAUGCGGGAUGCGCUUUGUUGUUGAUGAAAUGGACAGAUAUCGUAAGCACCUGGACUGGCACUUCCGUCAGAAUCGUCGGGACAAGGAUGGCAUGAAGGCUGCCCAGAACAGGAAGUGGUUCUAUGAGGUUGGCCAGUGGCUAGACUUUGAAGAAAUCAAUGACAUGGAUGAAGAGAGAAGUAACUUCUUCGAAGCGAUGGCACUGCAGGCGCGGACCGACAAAGAUGGUGUGCACUGUGUGGCAGUUGAUGCCGGCGUUGAAGGUGAUGAGAUGUGCAGUUUGUGUCAUGAGCCAUUUGAGCAGUUCUUUGAUGAAGAUGAGGAAGUGUGGAAGCUGAAAGAUGCUGUCAGAUUCAACAGACGUACCUACCAUCCUGGCUGUUACGAGGACGCAAAGGAUGCCUUCCUACUAGAAACCCCUACCCCAGGUGAGGAUGGACUACAUACUUCAUUUGAUGCGAUGGUGAGUCCUUUAUCAGCAUAUUCUCAACGCAGUGCAUCUCUAGGAAUUCAGUUGGAAUCACCAGAGAAGUUGACAGGUGCACCGAAAGACAACAACAAUGAACCAAGUGGACAAACUAUUACGCAACUCCAGUCAGCAUAUCCAAAGAGAGAAGUUGGAAAUGAUGUGAAUGUUCCAACAGCUCCACCUCAGUCAACAGAUCAACCAAAGAACACUGAAAGUCAACAGGUUGAUGUGGCAGCUGUGGUACCAGUAUCCACUGAUCAAUCAUUGGGUCCACAGAGUGUUGUGACAGCUGUGGUACCUGCAUCAACCGAUCAACCAGUGGGUACACAGAGUGUUGUGACAGCUGUGGUACCAGCAUCCACUAAUCAACCACUGGGUACACAGAGUGUUGUGACAGCUGUGGUACCUGCAUCAACCGAUCAACCAGUGGGUACACAGAGUGUUGUGACAGCUGUGGUAAGUGCAUCAACCGAUCAACCAGUGGGUACACAGAGUGUUGUGACAGCUGUGGUACCAGCAUCCACUGAUCAACCAGUGGGUACACAUAACGUUGUGGAAGCUGUGGUACCAGCAUCAACUGAUAAACUAGUUGGUCCACAAAGUGUUGCGGCAGCUGCGGUACCCACAUUAACUGAUCAACCAGUGGGUUCACAAAUUGUUGUGGCGGCUGUGGUACCAGCAUCAACUGAGCAACCAGUUGGUCCACAAAGUGUUGUGGCAGCUGUUGUACCAGCAUCAACUGAUCAACCGGUUGGUUCACAAAGUGUUGUGGCAGCUGUUGUACCUGAAUCAACUGAUCAACUCGUGGGUCCACAGAAUGACAGCAGUACAGGCAUUGAACAGUCAGCAGAUCUGCAUGUCAACAGCCAGACUACAGCAAGGACAGAAGGGGCAGACCAACCCAUGGAGACAUCUGUUAUUGCAGAGCCAACUGUACUCGUAAAGCAAGAACUGAUUGAGACCGGUGUAGACUCUGGUGUGAAGAUGGAGUGUCUUGUUGACCCUGAAGUCAAAAUGGAGGUUGAUGAACCUGAAGCCAGAGCCAACAGCUACCCACAGAGCGUGGAAGCUGCCGAGAAGAUGGAAGUUGAUGAUGCACAGGCAGUCCCGCAGGAUAGUGCUAUUGUUGAAAACGUGCCAGCAGCAGAGAGUACUUCUGAGACUGCAUCAUCUGCAGAGACAGUUGUGAAGGAAGAACCAGUGGAUAAUGUUGGACAACCAGAAACAGCGCCUGAAUCGGCUUUAGAAACAACAGUUGAGGCUGCAGCUAGACCCGAAGCUGUAGAACCGAGCCCAUCAGAGUUCUUCCCCAGCCUGAUGCCCGAACAGUCUCCAGCAAGUACAGGAGCAGCAUCAGAACCACCAUCCACCAAGCUGCUUUCUAAAAUUGAACCAAGGGAUGUGCAGAAAGGGGCUUGCGACGAGGCCAAGCCAGGCCAAGAGAGGGAGACGUCAGUCUCCAGUGAUCCUGCCUGCAAGGCAAAAACCCAGCAAAGCCAGCCGGAAGCAAAAGCACCAAGCACAUCGCAAAAGGAGGCUGGUACAGAUGCCAAAGAAAGCACAGACUCUGUGGCUAAACCCAGCCAGACUGACAGUGACAAGCAGUCUUUGAGCAAAACUACAGCUGUAAAUGAAGUGCAGAACAUUCAGGCAAUCAGUGUUAUAGGAAGGGCCCGGGUAGAUACCCAAAGGAGGAGAGACAUGUUUUAUAGGUGAUAAUAAAUGUUAUUGAAAGUAGGUAAAAAAAAAGGGAAAAAUUAAAGACGUACAUAUUCAGCUGUCCCUGGCAAAUAUAACUAAAUGGUAUUUAGCAGGCUACAAGUAAACAGCACCCUCUUUGAUGUGUAUGCGUAAGUAAGCCAGUUAUUAAAUUGCCAACAAAUCUUAGUGAGGGUCUGUUAUUCAGCGGAUAGUGCACGACUUGAUCUCACAAGAUAGUUCGCAGGUUGGUCCGAUCCUCAGCUGUCGUUCUUUUUGUUUCACCCUCCAAAAUUAAGAAUUUUCAUCUUUUAUUUGUAAAUUGACUCUAUGAUUAUAAUUACAGGGUGGUACUUUUUUUUCUGAGUCAUGGCCCUGGAGAAUUUUUUAAGGGAAAAAAGUCCUAAGAAGGAUGAAUACAAAGUCAAGACUAUGUUGGCAUAGAAUCAGACAAAAAAUUGUCAUGGUAAGAAUUCCCCCCCCCCAACAAAAUUUACUGCACAUGUGCCUGGCAAACUAUCAUAUAGUUAAAUUUGUCAGCGGCUGCUAACUAUCCACUGCCAAAAGAAAAUCUUGCACAAAACAUCCAAUUAUAAAUGAUUUAGCCAAACUGCCCGUGCUUUCGGUGAUUUUUUGACCAGGUUAACGCCUCUAAUUUACUUGUGGGAAAGACUUCCCUUAUUUUUUCCGGAGGGGGGGGUAAGAGGCAUCUUCAGAUAACCUGCAAGAGCUCUUGUACGCAAAGUAAUUGUGCCUAGUACCACCCCAUGCACACAAAAAGUGCCUAUUUGUGGACCUCCACAACCACCUGUCUCGUCUCUUAAGAAACACCUUGACCCCGGCAGUUUGCCCCAGUACUCGAGAAUAUUUUUGACAAGACAUAAUUCCAAAGGGACUGGCCUAUCCACCCAACCUAAAAAGUGAAGUAAACAACUGAAGUUUUCCUCCAAAAAUUGGAGAUCUCUGUUUGAGAUCUCUCCUUCAUGCUG